CUCCGCACCGCCCCGUCCCGUACGCUGCCGACGGAGCAUGGCGGGCCCGAGUGGCGGGGCUCGGCGGCUGAUGCUGCCCCUACGCCUCCGCCCGCCGCCGCCGAUCAGCCCGGAGCCGCCGUGCAGGACCGGCAGUUCGGCGGCGGCGGCGGCGGGGCCGGCGCGGCUGAAGGGACCGGAGGAGCUGCCUGGGCCGGGGCUGCUCAGGACUUUCGUCUGGCUCUUCCUGCGCGGCUACCUGCUGCACACGCACCGCCUCCAGCUGAUGUCUCGGCGCAUCUAUGGCCCCAUCUGGAAGUCAACCUUUGGACACUACCAGAACAUCAACAUCGGGAGCCCAGUGGUGCUGGAGCAGCUGCUGCGGCAGGAGGGCAAGUACCCGAUGCGGAGCGACAUGGCCCUAUGGAAGGAGCACCGGGACACACGACGCCUGCCCUACGGACCCUUCACUGAGGAAGGGGAGCGCUGGUACCGCCUGCGGCAGGUCCUCAACAAGCGGCUGCUGAAGCCCUCGGAGGCGGUGCUGUACGCAGAUGCCAUUGGCGAGGUGGUGUCCGACCUGAUGGUGCGGCUGCGGGACGAGCGGAGCCGCAGCCCCUCGGGGGUGCUGGUGGGGGACGUGGCCAACCUGCUGUACCGCUUCGCCCUGGAAGGGAUCUCCUAUAUCCUUUUCGAGACCCGCAUUGGGUGCCUGAAGCAGCAGGUCCCCGCCGAGACCCAGCACUUCAUCGAUUCCAUCAACCUCAUGUUCAAGAACUCCAUCUUCGCCACUGUCCUGCCCCGCUGGAGCCGCAAGGUGCUGCCCUUCUGGGACCGCUACCUGGACAGCUGGGACACCAUCUUCGCCUUUGGCAAGAGGCUGAUUGACCGGAAGAUGAAGGAGCUGGAGGGGCACGUGGAGCAGGGCAAGGAGGUCUCUCAGGGCUACCUGAGCUACCUGCUGGCCAGCGGCCACCUCAGCCUGGACGAGGUGUACGGCAGCGUGGCCGAGCUGCUGCUGGCCGGCGUGGACACGACCUCCAACACUCUGUGCUGGGCCCUCUACCACCUCUCCCGGGACCUGGGCAUCCAGGAGACCCUGUAUCAGGAGCUGAAAGCCGUUGUGCCACCAGACCGGUUUCCUGGUGCUGAGGAUAUCCCCAAGAUGCCGAUGCUCCGGGCUGUUAUCAAAGAGACGCUGAGGGUGUACCCCGUGGUGCCCACCAACGCCAGGGUCUUCUAUGAGAAGGACAUCAUCAUUGGAGACUACCUCUUCCCCAAGAACACCCUCUUCGUCCUGGCGCACUAUGCCAUGUCCCACGAUGAGACCUACUUUCCCGAGCCGGAGCGCUUCCUGCCCCAGCGCUGGCUCCGGGGACACGGUUCCCCCCACCACCCCUUCAGCUCCAUCCCUUUUGGCUACGGGGUCCGUGCCUGCGUCGGCCGCCGCAUUGCUGAGCUGGAGAUGCACUUAGCCCUUGCCAGGAUCAUCCAAGCCUUCGAGGUGCGGCCAGACCCCCGCGGCGUGGAGGUGACGUCUGUGUCCCGCAUCGUCCUGGUGGCUGACAAGCCCAUCAACCUGGAGUUCGUUGCUCGCCCGGGGGCCCCCUGAGCUCAGGGCAUCGCUGUGCCUUUCACACGCCACCAGGGGUGCCCCAUCCCGCCCCAUACCCAGGAGCCAGGGGGCGCAGGGAGGGGUUUGCAGCCAUUGGGUGUUCUUUGUCCCGUGAUUGUGUCGCUGCGUGUGGAGCUGUGCCUGGGGUUGUGCCUGAAUAACUGACCUUGGCCCCAG